GCUCGCCAGCGGCGGCCGCGUAGGGCCGAAGUGUGCGAUCUCUCCUCGGGUUGUUGUGUGCGUGUGGUUAUCGCGGGCGGGAGGACUAUGUGAAGAAUCAACCGGAUAACCAAUUUCCUGCUGCGCGCUCGCGGAAUCUCUGCGUGUUCCUCGGCGCGUGCAGCCACAACACCGACGAGACCGACGACGCGUCCGGGGAGAAGAGCAACUCCGCGGCUAUGAUCUUCGACGGCUAGCUAACGUACGUCGUCUUCGCGGCGAAAAAGGAAAAAAAAAAACAGGAAAAAAAGGGAAGAAACCCCCAUCCCUGCGCCUCUCGCGUCACAGCCAUCGAUUCAACGAGCGACAGUGACACCUAGCCCCCAUGAUGGCAUUGCACGAGGACUACCAGGUGUCGAUGGUGGCCGACUGGUUCCACGCCGUGCCGCACGUCGAUAUCGGUUUUUCCCCCGUCAAUUCCACGUUCGACCCCACCAGCAAUGUUUACCUCGAGAGCCUCGGCAUCCUAAUCGCAGUGCCGGGCUUUUGGCUGAUCCUCACCCUCCUGGCGUUCCUCAUAUUCUUCCUCUGCCGAUGCUGCGACUCGGGUCUCAAGAAAAAACGGCGCCUCACACCGCUCAAGUGGACGCUGGCACUUUUUGCACUGCUGUGCUGCGGUGCGCUGGCUCUGGGGCUGUUUGGAAACGAUCAGGCCCACAGCGGUGUGGUGGCCGUUCAGAAAUCGACUCAGUACAUGGAAGACAACCUCAGCAAUUUCGGCAACCAGACGCAAUACCUGGAGCGAGCCUUGGGCCAGAAUGCCAAGGACCAGCUGCAGGGACUGACCGAGGCUCUGGCUGGCCCCAUGCCGGAUGCCGCUGCCCGAAACGUGCUCGACCGCUCGCUGGAGCUCAUCAAAGGAAACCUGAGCGUGGGUGCCGGGCGCGCCCAGGAGCUGCACUCUCGCAUUGGCCACCUGACUCUCAGCCCACUUCCCAGAGCUCUUGAGUUGAUUGAGCUCUUUCGGUGGCCUGCAACAAUAGGCCUUCUGUGCGUGCUCAUUCUGGUAUGCCUGCUGCUGCUGUGGGGUGUCAUCCGACACUCACGCUGCCUGCUCAUUCUGUUUUCGGUCUUGGGUCUGCUUUCCGUGGUGCUGUGUUGGGUGCUGGUCUCCCUCUAUCUAGGCAUCUGCGUGGCCGGCUCGGACUUUUGCCUGGAUCCGGAGCCAUUCCUUCAGAAGCAGUCCAGUGGAAUGGUGGACAAUGCUGUGCUCAACUACUACCUCCACUGCAGGCAUGACUCGUCCAGUCCAUUUGUAGAGCCACUCAGAGAGGCGCGGGCAGCCGUUGACGGCGUGCAGACUCUCAUGGCACCAGUGACGCAAAUAGCUGACCGUUACUUCCCUCGCAAGGAGGUUCACUCCCUGCUGGGUCAGCUGGGCCAGGAACUCAAUGGCAGUCAGAGUGCGCUCGGCAAGCUUGGCCAGCUGCUCGACUGCCGCCCGCUCAACCGCGAGUAUCAUCGCGCCAUGGAUGCCACCUGCACUGGCCUCUUGGAGGGCACUGCCUUCAUGCUGGCUUCUGCCCUCGGGGGCGGACUGCUGUUCACGGUGCUUAUCUGGGUGGCCUCUCACACGUGGAUUCACAUUCGACAGAGGCGGCCGCGAGAUACCGUGGACGAGGAGGAUCCCUUCCUGCCCCCCUCCGCGGUGGGUGCGCCUCGACGCAGCCGCGACACGAAUGGACGUACCGCAAGCCGUGAAGAGCAAGCAUUCCUGCAAGCCAGGUACACACCACCUCCAACGUACCACCAGGCGUUGCAGUCUCGGCGAGCGUACCCGACGUGAAAAAAAACAACUCCUUGUUGUGGCUGUUUCAGCACCACGACGGCGACCUGACGUGCGCCACAAAGUUCUGAGCGAGGGAGAAACGCAGAGACUUUUCGACUUCCGGCAAAUGAGAAGACUUUGAAGAAAAAAAAAAAACACCACCACCUUCGUUCUUGCUCAUUGUUCUCAUACCUUCUCCGCCAACAUUUGACUGCACAUCUGCGCAAGUGUGCUGAUGACCUCACCUGACCAGCCACCUCUAAUUUUUUCCCAUUGUCAGACGUGUUAUAGUGAAUAUCUUAAUAGAGCUCUCUGUUCUUCUUUGACACCCCUGACCCCACCUGAUCAUGUGCCGGUUGUUUUGUCACCCACUUUCCCACGUUGGAACAUAAGUAUGACUGCUGGAAAUUUGGUGGUGGGAUUAGCUUUGUGCCACCGAUGUUGAAAAAUUACCGAAAUGCUUUUGUUGAAGAACCUGUUCGAAGAUGCAUGGAAGCGAGCCCCGAAUUGCUGCUUGACAAGGAAGCGCUGCUUUCGGCAUGUCUGCAGUGUCUUUGAAUGAAUGGCAAGACGUGAAUUUAGGUUCACCAUUCCAAAAUGUGACUGGGGUGAUGAACCAGUUGACAUGGCUUCGGAAGGAUUCUUCUCUGAAUAUUUGAUUGGGUGACUGCCUAUUCUCGGUACGGAGUGUUUGCAUGGUCAGAUUCAAGGUGCCAUGUAUCUGCCAAAGGUUUUCCUUUUUUGUAAGUUAUAAAGCCAUGGUUGCGACUUGGGAGGAAAAGUUGGACAGAUCAAAGGUAGCAUGAGUAGACAGUGACUGCAGCGCAACACUGAUCAUCCUUGCAAACUUUUUGCAAAGAUGCCAAACAAAUCGCAAAGACUUGGCUCAAGAGAUGGUCAGUACAAUGUCUUCUGCAGAUGUUACACUGAUUUUCACUGCAUCAGACGACAUUGCCAAAGGUUUGUCGGUUCAAGAAGGGUCAUGCCACUACAAAAGAAGCUUGUACCCAAGUAUUGUAGUUUGCUUACGUGCAGUGUGCACCCAUGUAUCGUCAAGCCAACACGACCGAUUUCUGCCAGGAUGGCUCGCACAAGGAGCAGGUGUCUUUUGCUGGUGAACCACACGAACGGACAAAAGACUUGUGUACUGUUCAAGUUACCCAACACGCUGAUGUUAGGUGGUAUGAACAAGCUGCUGCAGAGUGACGUCGCAUCGAGCGUAUCGAAAUGCUGAGUCGCGUACUUCCCUGCUUCUGCACACGCAAGCCAGCAGAGCCGCAUCACGUUGUGAAAAGACUGGAACGGGACGUCCUUCACCAAAAGCUGCACACAAAUGUCAUGUCAAAACAGUUUGUAGACGGAUCACGCACAAAUGGGGUUCCAGGAAAUUAACAUCCCAUCACAUCCGUCACUGUCUUUUGGGAAGGUGAUCAGAGAAGUGAAAGAGGGUCCUGACAACACCUGGCACCGAUUCGAUUGCAGAGGCACUCGUGCUGGAUUCACGAGGGAGUCUCUUGUUAUUACGAACAUCACCGCAAAGUUACAUGGGUCGGUCAUGCAUAGGAAAUGCCGAGAGACAUCCGUCGUGCAACCACAUUGCGACCAAGCUCUGUGACGGUCUACCGCGCUGCCUCGCUGUUGCCUGCAGCCCCAAACAUUCCUUGUCAUCCCGCAGAAGGCCGGUGACAUUCCUCAUCCAUGCUUUUUUUCCCCUCAAGGAGCCCAGCUAGUCAGCAGAGACCCUGCGGGGUCAUAAAUAAGACUAUUUUCGGGCACCCGUCGUCCUUCACCCGAAAAGUGCCAGUCGGCGUCGUAUGCCGGUUGUGACUGCCAACGUGACGUCACCGCACGCAUUUGUUUGUUUACACUCGUUGUUUUUCGCCUGUUUUUUCUCUUUCUCUCUUUUUUUGUCUCGUUGCUGAGAAUCUCGCGGUCCGACUUACGGACGCGUGCAUCUACUAAUGCUCAACUUGCGUACGGACUCCAUGAUGUGGAUCUCCUCAUGGGAGGCUUUUUCUUUGAUUUAAUUGCAAAUGCACAACCUGGAUAGACAUAUGUACUCAUAUUCACGAAGUUUGUUCUGUUUAAAAGUCAUUAAUGUUAGUCGGAAGCCAUCUAAUGGACCAACAUGAAUGCAAUUUUUUUUUUUUAAACGUUAGUUUCUGCUCUGCUGUUUUGCAUCCUCUUGUAAACAUUUUCAAAGCAUUACUUCAGCAGACGCAGUGCUAACACAAGCUUAACAAACUUGUUGACACCCUUAGUUACACUUGGUUCCUAAAAAGCAGUGUUACUCUGGGCUGAUUACAAGACAUGUUAUGCCCUUAUUCAUUGCUUGAUUGCCCUUAUUGAUUGACGUUUAACUCUACAACUCUCACUCAAAGAGUCUCGAAAUUCCCAGCUGGCUUAUUUGGCUGUGCAUUAUUUAUUGCCAUUACUCAAACUCGCGGAUCGUCUCUGUUAUAGUGAAUGAGUAUGCCGUUGAGCACAACCACCUGUCAAGACUGUGCACGCAUUUCGAUUCAGUUGGGUUCGAAGUUGGACGUUUCCCGCAUUGCACCAAGUGCGCGAAUAUAGCCACAGUUACAGACCGCCGAGAUGAAAUUUGUCGUGGUGACAAUCGAUCCUCACGUUCAGCAGCAUUCCUGCUGUGGACCAAAUCGCCAUAUGCACACCCUAGCACGACUUUUCACAUUCCUCACAACUGACGCCCGAACGCCUGCUCUGAUUCUGAUCAGGAAAAGGAAGUGUUGUUUUAAUGAAUAUACAAACCCUUUGGAACCAACCGCUUCCAUCAUUCCACGUGUCUGUUUUCCAGAUGCGUGCUGGAAAACAUUCCAUUCCAGUGCUUUUAUAUAAAGUGGCCACACUGCAUUCACGGGGCAUGCAUCUGAAAUACGUGUAAAUAGGUUGUGUUUCCCUCAUUUGAAGCCUCUCUGAGGAGAUCCACUCGCUGCUGUGCGCACAUUUAACAUGCCCGGGAGUGUUCCCGAAUUCGACGUCAUCUGCUCGCUGUACGUAGUAUGUGUCGUUGCGGCGCUGUGCCGUUUUUCGGCAAGGCAUUACAGACAUGUCUCUUUUUUCGUUGUCUACAUGUGCAAUGUGUGUACAUUAUGUAAGAAAAAAAAAGGCUUUGUUAAUACUUCUAUUUUCUUCGUAUCGCUGAAAAGACUGCAGAAGCAAGUCCGUAGCUAUUGAAAACCAAAGAUGUAUUGUUCUUCAAAGCUUCUGGAUCUUCUCAGCUAACCGUGCAUUUGGAUUCUCAAAGCACCCUGGAACCAACAUGUCUGCUGCCAAUGACUUUUUCCCGUUUUCUUUCUUCUUUUUUUUUGAAACCGCGAACAAUUUUGACAAAACGCGGGAAGUAUUGCACGGACUUGUUAGUAGGUGGUAGUGUGCUAGGCAUGCACAAAACGUUUGAGAGAUGUCUGGCUUUGAACUUGGAACUGCAGUUCUGGCUGUUUGCGUCACGCUUUAGACGAAAUUUUUCCUAGCACGCCGACUUCGCAGCGUCAAAAACUGUCUUGCAAAGUGAUCAGGUGCCUAUGCAUAGUCUCAAAUGCAUGGACAAAAGAGAAGUAUACAUGCACGUAACCCAUGCAUAGCUCAGGCAUUUGAUGCCGACGUGUUGGUUUCAGGUGCUGUGAAGAUAGCUAUAGACUCAGUGCUGUAUCCAUAUUUUUCCCACCAGUUUCCAUUUUUGUCAGUAUCAUCUUUGACAAAAGCGAAAAACACUGUCACCCCCUGCUUGCUAGCACAACGGCUAUUGUUUGACUACUACUGUCGAAUAUUUUGUUUUUCUUUCUGUGUGAUCAUAACUGCCCACAAGGUCUUGCUCCCCUGGCAGAAUGCUUAAGGCUAAUCUGUGCAACUAUUGAAACGGAAGCUUUCCAAUAUACGGUAUUGCAAUUUUUAAAGCUGUUGAUUGCAACCUCUGUGUACAGUUUGCAAUUCUUUUAUUUAAUCCACAGUAGUCCUGUUUAUAAAUGUAGAGUGUUAAGUAUGUUAUGGUCUCUUAGCUUUCUAGAAGCUAUGCGCUCAAUAUUGAAACUGUUUUUGUUGCUGCAUUCGAGUUUUAAAGCUUAUGAAAGUGUUCUUACUUCAUGCGGGGACUACGAUGUUUUGAUUUUGUGCUUAUUGGUCAUGCAAAGCUUCUGUCUUGCACGUUGUGUCUAUAAUGGCAAAGAUAAGAAUGUUUCUGCAACA